UCUCUCCAUUUCCUCAGGUACAACCCCUUCAAAGCACAAAGGUACAACUCUCUUUCACACAAGCUCCCCAAUGGCGCUAGCUGCACAUAACUCUCUUCUUCCCAACAAAUCUUCUCUCAUUCCUCAAACCCAAAAUCCUCUUUACACCAGUUCUUCCUCUCUUGCCGUCAGAUCUACAGUUAAACGCGUCUCAGCCGUCCAUGCUGCUGACUCUUCAAGUUCCAAAAACCCCAUUGUCUCAGAAUCCAAGUCUGUCAAGCCAACGCCGUCGGUUGCAGCCGCUGCAGCAACAGCCACCGUGGAUACCAAGGCUCCUUCCAAGAAAUGGGCGUUGGAAAGCUGGAAAUCGAAGAAAGCGUUGCAGCUGCCGGAAUACCCGAACGCUGAGGAGCUUGAGUCGGUUCUCAAGACCCUUGAUGACUUCCCUCCUAUUGUGUUCGCCGGAGAGGCCCGGAGCCUCGAGGAGCGGCUAGGUGAAGCUGCCCUUGGUAAAGCAUUCCUUCUGCAAGGUGGGGAUUGCGCUGAGAGCUUUAAGGAGUUCAAUGCUAAUAAUAUUAGGGAUACAUUCAGGAUCCUUCUCCAAAUGGGCGCCGUUCUGAUGUUUGGCGGCCAAAUGCCUGUCAUCAAGGUGGGAAGAAUGGCCGGUCAGUUUGCUAAACCAAGGUCGGAUGGAUUUGAGGAGAAAAAUGGUGUGAAGUUGCCGAGUUACAGGGGAGACAACAUAAAUGGUGAUACAUUUGAUGAAAAGUCGAGGGUUCCAGAUCCUGAGAGGAUGAUCAGAGCGUACUGCCAAUCUGCUGCCACUCUGAAUCUUUUGAGGGCUUUCGCCACAGGAGGAUAUGCCGCGAUGCAGAGGGUUACUCAAUGGAACCUGGAUUUCACCGAGUCCAGCGAGCAGGGUGAUAGGUACCGUGAACUAGGACACCGAGUUGAUGAGGCCCUGGGAUUUAUGCAAGCUGCUGGACUUACAAUGGACCAUCCUGUCAUGAAGACCACUGAGUUUUGGACAUCACAUGAGUGCUUGCUCUUACCUUACGAGCAAUCACUUACUAGGCUUGAUUCUACAUCUGGCCGUUACUAUGACUGUUCUGCCCAUUUCCUUUGGGUAGGGGAAAGAACGAGGCAAUUGGAUGGAGCCCAUGUUGAGUUCCUGAGAGGAAUUGCAAACCCCCUUGGUAUUAAGGUGAGUGAUAAAAUGGAUCCAAAUGAACUUGUCAGACUCGUUGAGAUUUUCAAUCCUGAAAACAAACCAGGAAGGAUUACGAUCAUCACAAGGAUGGGAGCAGAGAAUAUGCGGGUGAAACUUCCUCAUUUAAUUAGGGCAGUCCGAAGGGCGGGGCAAAUAGUUACCUGGGUCUCUGAUCCUAUGCAUGGAAACACUAUCAAAGCCCCUUGUGGUUUAAAAACACGCCCAUUUGAUGCAAUCAGGGCGGAAGUGAGAGCCUUCUUUGAUGUACAUGAGCAAGAGGGUAGCCACCCUGGUGGAGUUCAUUUGGAGAUGACAGGCCAAAACGUUACAGAAUGCAUUGGAGGAUCACAAACUGUUACAUUUGAUGACCUGAGCUCACGCUACCACACCCACUGCGACCCUAGGCUAAACGCGUCUCAAUCUUUGGAGCUUGCUUUUAUCAUUGCCGAGCGCCUGAGAAAGAGGAGGCUUGCUUCCGGUUUUAGGCUGUAGAUUGGCUGAAAGAUCCAUCAAUAUAUGACAUCUGAACUCAAAUUACUCUAGAAAUAUUAAGCUUUAAAAUUUAAGUUGAAAAAGAAUGUUAUGUACUUUAUGUGUAUUCCUGGGAGAGUGAAUUUUUAUGAUUUGAUGAGACAGGCAAUAAACGUAUUUAUUUCUUUGUA